UAGCCGCCAACCUCGUCGACUUCAAGAAAUGGGAUCCAACAAGCCUCGUGGACUUCAGGCAGCGCGCAAGCUCCGCAACGACCGCCGCGUCAACCGCUGGGCGGACAAAUCGUACAAAAAGCGCGCCCUCGGCAACUUCUUCAAGACCUCGCCCACCGGAGGCUCCUCGCACGCUAAGGGCAUUGUGCUCGAAAAGGUCGGCGUUGAGGCCAAGCAGCCCAACUCGGCUAUCCGCAAGUGCGUCCGUGUUCAGCUCAUCAAGAACGGCAAGAAGGUCACUGCUUUCGUGCCCAACGAUGGUUGCCUGAACUUCGUCGAUGAGAACGACGAAGUCCUCAUCUCCGGUUUCGGUCGCCGCGGUAAGGCCAAGGGUGAUAUUCCAGGUGUGCGGUUCAAGGUCGUGAAGGUGUCGGGUGUUGGUCUCCUCGCUCUGUGGAAAGAGAAGAAGGAGAAGCCCCGGUCAUAAAAGGCCUGCGCCCCUUGUCUCCCUGCUACCUCAUAUGCGCCCGCCAUUGCGUAUGAUCAUGUCAUUAUUGUACUGCAUGCAACCAUCAUGUGUUUUCACAAUACAAAAGAUUGAAAACAUCGCAUUCCGCCACUUGCAUCACUUU